AUGGGGGAGGAUAUGAAAGGAGGGGGAAAAGGGAGAAGGGAUAGGGCUGACUGGUAUCGCCGGGGGAGCGAGCGCGUGGAGACGACGGCCACGCGCGAAUUUGAGCGGCGUGGGUUGUCAUGGGUUAACGGCGUUUGGGCUACGGCACGUCGGUCAGUUAUCCGAUUGGUUUGCGCGGAUAUUAUUUUUCUUGGGCUGAGGAAAUUGGGAGCGGUGAUGGGCCGACCGAUGGGGAGGAGAGUGGGGAAAGGUAAUUUCUCCGGUCACGGGAUUGCCGUGUGCGUUUGCGCAAUGACGGUGGGACUGACUGGUCGAACUGAUCGUUGA